AUUAAAAGUGUAGAUUAUAACGGCUCAAUACACUCUGUGUAUGAAACAUUAAAUAAUAUAUCACAUAACAGAUGUCCCAACCUUUGUAUUUACAAAAGGUUGAUCUAUAGUGACGAGGGUUCACGAAAGCUUGUAUUGUGAAUAAAUUAGUCGAGUACAAUGUCUUAAUUCUGACGCGGCAUACGAUACUUUAUGGGACGUCCUCAGUUACCAACAGACAAAGAAAGUACAACAAUAGCAGCGUAUUAGGUCGUUUUGUUUUCGUUAAGUCCGUACGAAGGCUCAAAUUGUGUAUGACAACACAUUGAUUGCUGCGUUUGUACGUAAGGUAACUUGAUUCUGCUUAGAAAAUUGCAAGUAUACUACGAUACCUGUGGAAAAAUAUAGCACAUUUAAGCAAUAAUCAACGCAGAAAAUUGGAUAUGAUGACAAAUGUUGACAUUGGAAGUUCAUCGCAGUCAGUGACAAGUUCAAUUGUAUCAGUAUGCCUCGUUUCAACUAUUGUAUUUGGGAUAUUUUCAUGGCUGAGAAAGAGAUUAUCCGUUGAUUGGUGGAGAGAUAAGUGUUGUGGGGAUACAGAAUCUGGGUACACUUCGUCGCCUGGCAUGAAUAAUAACCCAGUAACUAAAUUUCCUCCAGUAGUGCAAGCUCCUCCAACCGGUUUUGCAAACGAGUUUGAUGACAUUCGAAGAAGCAAGAAUAACCAGGGUCGGACAAAUCAAGCAUUUGAAGGGAAUAACGGAAUUUAUAACAACAAUCGGAAAUACUCUGAUGAAGAAAAUUUAAGAAAUGCACAUAACUUGAGUGUGCCAGAAAUUAACACGCGUCCACCACCGGAUUAUUACUACGUUGAACAUAUGAGACUAUCAAAGUGGCGGAAUAUUCCACAGGAUGAAAACAUGAUGGAUAGUUUUCGAUCAAGAACAAGAAGCAAUACUAGUGAUUAUAGGAGAACGGCAAAAGUGAUAAGCAAGCCAAGUAUAACCUCCGAUUAUGUUUCAGACAUGGAAGGGUCGUCAGAUUAUCAGCAUCAUCAGAACAUUAUGUCACGAAGACCGACAGGUGGAAGAUAUUCGAGUAGAAAAAUGGCGGAACAGAAACGACGUCGCCGCAAGCAUCAAACGAAAGCAACAACAAGAGGAAGUUCUAAUCAUAAAACCAAAUAUGCUACGGCAUCCAUCCCGAGUAUAAAAUCUAAAAACUUACGUAAACCUAUAACCAGAAGUCUCAGCUGCACAGCAACGUUACCAGAGAAAGGUAAAAGCCAGGCAAUUACCAGCAUGCCGAUCCCACCACCUCGAUCAAAAAAGAAACGUAGUGCAAGUGAUGCGCAUUUGUUUAUAACCAAGAAACCUUUUAGCAACUUGAAAAGGAAUAGCAGCCAAAAACAUUCUCUUCCCCAUGACGCUACUCAAAGUCAAAGUAAGCUAGAUCAAGUUACUAGAGAUGCCAACACGGUUAACAUAGAUCAAACUGAGUUGCAUCAAAAACCCUCCAUAAAUCCACAACCUAUAAAAGCAAGUGGGCUCGUAAGAAGCGAAACUAUCAUGGAAGUGCCAAUAUACGUAAAGCCAGGAAGACCGAAAUCCUACCAACCAGGUUCUUCUCAAGAUUCCGAUAUUUCAAUUUUGCACAAUGAGAAAAAUAAUAUGAAAAAAUCGCGAACCAAACCACCGAGAACACGUGCCAGACGCGAUGGACAGAAUGCACAUACCCGUCGUCGUACUGGAACAAAGGGUCACGAAAGGCGGGAAAGGUGGCAAUUCGGUUACGGGUCACUGCCGGCAGACUUUAGCAGCAAACUGCACUCGAGUGUUUUUGCUGAAAUAGGCAUGACACCGGAAUCAUUCGUGGCGUCUAUAGAAAAACUCGAUUUUGAGAAAUUGUGCCGCCCUGUGCCAAACAUAACCGAUGAUCAAAGACAAACUAGUCCCCGCAAGCCAGUAAUAGACAAGGAUACGCACGGCCCGGACGAACAAGAAAUAUUAAAAAAUACUUACAAACUUGAGGAAUUUGGUAUAGUUGCGACUGAUCUCUAAUACGGAAAUACCUAUCUUUAUAUAUAUAUAUAGAGCAGUAUUGCUUUUGAAUGUUCGCAAUCAACUUUCUUUUUCACAUUUGGAAAUUCAUAAUAUUUAUACAACGAAUAUAGCGAUUUUGUUUGUGUACAAGCGCCUCCCAGUACUUGGAUAUUUGUCAGAUAUUGUAAUGGGGCGCGCUGGAUUCAGCAUCAAGUUCCGCAAAAUUAAAAUAUCGACGGGUAGUUUAGGCGAGAACCUAACGGAAAACCACAUUCGGUCGGAAUUGGCG